UCCUUGGUGGCCUUGAUUUCCUUUUAUUUUUUAAUUUUUAUAAUAACUUGAUUGGCCGUGACGUACAAAAACAGCUUUCCUUUUUUUCUGAUUUUCUAAAGAAUUUUUUUAAUUUUUCAAAAUUUUUUUAAUUUUUAAUUUUUUCAAAAUUUUCAAAAUUUGCCUUUCUCAUCGUUGACUUUGGAGCCCGUCCCUCUUUGCUAUGAAGAAAACAGGGAGGAAGCCAAAGCGUUCUUUCUAGUUUGCUGUGCUUGAUCAGAGCAAGGGGUUUCUGAGGUUGUGCAAUGGCGAACACUUUCGUCUCUUCCAUCCUAUCAAAAGCCAGCCAAAUAUUGGGCUCUUUUCAGAGAUGGACAGUCUCGCCAUCUUCAUCAUCGGAUCCACGCAGCAAGAUCUUGAAAGAUUUGAAGAAGUUGGAGAGAACAUUGACGAGGAUCCAGGCAGUGCUCCAUGACGCGGAGGAGAGAGAGAUACGGGAGAAAGCCAUCAAUCUCUGGCUGAAGGAGCUUAAAGAAGUUGCUUAUGAAGCGGAAGACAUGCUGGACGAGUACUACUACGAGGAAUUGCGAGCCCAAGUGGAAGGCCGAGCUUCCAGGAAGAGGAAGCGAGCGGAAGUGGACGAUGAGGAAGAGGUAAGUGGUUCUCCCUCGACCAUGGUAGUUUCAAUUCCGGAUGGCAUGGGGGAUAGAAUCAGGGAGAUCAGGGAGAGGUUCGAUGAGAUCUCGGAGGAUCGGGAAUGCCUCCGUUUAAGAGAAGAAGAUGGAGAGCGUCGGGUUCGCGAAGCUGUGUACCCAGCACCAACCAGCCACAUGGUGGAAGAGUCGAGUAUUUAUGGAAGGGAACAUGACAAGCAAAAGGUAAUCGAUUUGUUGUUUUCUGAAGGUAUGAAAAAUGGUAUCUCUAUCAUUCCAAUUGUCGGCAAGGGGGGACUGGGAAAAACCACCAUCGCCCAGCUGGUUUACAAUGACUCCAGGGUAAAAGAAUGUUUCGAUCUAACUGGAUGGAUUUGUGUAUCUGAUGAUUUCAACGUUACAAAGCUAACAAAGGACAUCAUUGAGUCUAUUACUCAACAAUCAUGUGAUCUUACACUACUAAGCACACUUCAAAAUACUCUCGAGGCAAAGGUGAAGGGGAAGAAAGUGUUGCUCGUGUUAGACGAUGUCUGGAAUGAGCAACGAAGCCUUUGGGAGUCCUUAAGAAGACCUCUUGUACUUGGUGCAGGAACAGUAAGAAUUAUUGUGACCUGUAGGAAUGAUUCGGUUGCCGAGAUCAUGCAGACGGUGCAUCCUUAUCAUCCUGGCUACUUAUCUGAAGACGAAUCUUGGUUAUUGUUCAAGCACUACGCAUUUGAUGGUCGAGACUCUGAAGAACAAUCACAGUUGACAGAUGCUGGCAAGCAGAUUGUGGAGAAGUGUUCCGGUUUACCAUUGGCUGUGAAGACAAUAGGAAGCCUUCUAAGAUACAUGACAGAUGAAAAUAGUUGGAAGGAUGUCUUGCAAAGUGAUCUAUGGGAAGUAGACAAGAAUAAUGAGACUUUUGCAGCUCUCAGAUUAAGCUAUACUCGCAUGCCAGCACAUCUAAAACCUUGUUUCGUUUAUUGUUCCAUGUUUCCCAAGGGUUAUCAGUUUGACAAAGCUGUUCUUGUCAGAUUGUGGAUGGCACAAGGCUACAUCGCAGUUAGAGGUAGAAGAAGAAUGGAAGAGAUUGGCAGGGAAUAUUUCAAUGACUUACAAAGAAGAUCGUUCUUUGAUUCUUGUCAAAAAAUUCAAAGACGUUCUUGUAUAUUAACAAGAAGAUCGUUCCUUGAUUCGGAUGAUAGUUUUAAGAUGCACGAUAUGAUACAUGAUCUUGCGAAAUCUAUUGCAGGAAAUGAGUGCUGCGCAGUUGUGGAUAAGAAGCAACCUGAUUUCCCCAACGGGGUUCUCCAUUUAUACAUGCAAGGUGAAGUGGAAUUGGUGAAAGCAGUGCGCUUGUAUAAUCUUAGGGCCCUGCGAACCUUGGUGCAAAAGGAUCCUGACAGCGGAAGGCUAACCCCAGUAAUAUCAUUUCUAUGGCGUCAUUGGAUGACAAGAUGUUUACGGACUCUAGAAGUUUUUGGGGAAAGCCAUCAUGUGUUGAAAUGUUUAGUCAGUAACCAGAACCACCUACGCUACUUACAUAUCCGGUUCCAAAAUAUUCAGUCUCUCCCUAUACCAGUAUGCCGUCUUUACCACCUACAGACAUUGAUACUCGAACAUGGGAAGAUUCCAGAUAGAGGUCACCUUACAGAGUUACCUGAUGGCAUAGGUAACCUUACUAACCUACGAUACUUUGAGCUACGGUCAAAUGUUAUUAAUAUGCUCCCUAAAUCAGUAAGCCUCCUUUGCCACCUACAGACAUUGAUACUUCAUAGUGAUGUUCUUGCAAAGUUACCAGAUGGCCUAGGUCAGCUUAGUAACCUACUAUUUUUUGAGCUACGGUCAAAUGCUAUUGAAAGGCUGCCUGGAUCCAUUUGUCAGCUCCGCAACCUGCAGAUGUUGGAUGUUGGGUCAUGCAAGAAUCUUGUAGAGUUACCCAGUGGCAUAGGAAGCCUUACCAACCUCCGUCUCCUUGGUACCGAUGGCACUGGAAUUAACCGCCUGCCAAUUGGAAUCGAUAAACUAACAAAUCUUCAGAGUUUGCUCGGACGUCAUGAAGCACAGGGUGCGAUAAGAGUGCUGAAGGACUUGGUAAACCUCCAAGGAACUCUCCUAAUCUCAGGGCUCAGAAACUUAGUCAGCAUAGAGGAUGCCAGGGAUGCUGGUCUUAAAUGUAAGCAUAGACUUGAGCACCUGUCUCUAGCAUGGAAUGGGCAACAUGAUAUCAGCUUUAUUUCGUUUCUUGACAACCUAGAUAUAGAAGUUAGUUCAGAGGAAAAUAAGGAUGUCCCAGCUGAUGAGCGAAGGGAGGAAGCCAUGCUCGAGUACCUCCAACCUCACGCCAACCUCAAAAUGUUGCAUAUAGUAGGGUAUGCUGGUUCCAAGUUUCCAAAAUGGGUGGGAAAUCCUUUCUCCUGCGCAUCAUUGAAAGAAAUCAGUAUAAAUGGAUGUGAAAACAUAAGGUCCCUUCCUUUAUACAUUCGUGACUCUCUUGGAAAAUUGGAUGAACCCAUGCCACAAUCCGUGCUUGAGAGAGUGCACAUUUUGAGUUGCCGACAGCUCACAUCCAUAGUAGGGUUGCAUAAUCUCCCCUCGCUUAAAUAUCUGACGAUAUACGAUUGUCCUCAACUCUCUCUCUUAUCAGAGGAAGGACUGCCAUCCACACUUGAAAUGUUGUCAAUAGGGGAGUGCCAACAGUUGCCAUCGUUGUCGGGGAUGCAAAACCUUACUUCUCUCAGCAUAUUAAAUAUAUAUAAUUGUCCCAAACUUCAGAUCAUGACAGAAGAUCAGCUCUCAUCUAUGCCUCGCCAUGUGAAAGUUAUUGACUGCCCUGGAUUGGUCAACUGGUGCCAAAUACAAAAAAUCAACCGCACUUAGGUCGAUCGUUUCAGGCAACAAGCUGAUGAUACCGAACAUAUGGGAGAACAUAAUGCAUGGGUUUGAUGAUUUGAUAUCCCCUGAGCAUCUGCAUUCAAAGAACUGCUUUGGGUUGUGUACUAGCAUAGAUGAAUUGCAACAGACUAUAUCCCGUCUGUUUUUCAAAAAUCCUUGGAAUUCCUUUUCGAUAAUAAUUCUCUAACUAGAGGAGUUGACAAUAUGGAGUUGCAUGCACAUCCCACCAGUAGGGUGCCUACCCAAACUCAGAUCUCUCCAAAUCGGUUAUCGAUGACUGACCUGGAAUCCAACUCCUGCCAGAUGAACUGCUUCCAUCCACUCUCAAGUCCUUGGUAGUUGAUAGUUGUGAGAACCUAAGGUCUUUACCAUUGCCGCAAUGGAAUCGAGAUGCACUUGAGGAGCUGCAGAUUGGGAAUUGUCCUAACCUCACAAUGGCAAAAGAGAUGAAUCAAUGUUCACUGAACCGCCCCGUACUGGGUGGUAUGGGGCACACCAAAUUAGCACUGUAUUGGUAUGCCGAACCGGCCUGUAUUGACACAAGCAUACCACACCAUACCGCAUACCGACACUAUAGUAUAAUUUUACUGAUAUGGGUUCCAGCACCGAGAUGGCGAACCUUUCGAUGAAUUGCCCUUUUUUCCCCUAAAUUCUUAAUAAUAAAGCAAUGCCCUCAGCUAUCACUUUCGAAAGAUGAUUGGCUUCCAUUUCUUAUUUCACAUGCCGAAUAUUGCAAAAGAAGAUCUAUCCUGCACAUUCAGGCAACUUUAAUUGCUGAAUGUCGAGGAGGCAGAGCACCAAGAAACAAUUGACGAUGGAAUGCAGGAGAAACAAGUGAUGAAUUGUGUGAUGAUUAAACAUUGUAACAGUGCUCUAUCUUGAAUAUUUGAUGCUGCGGAUGAUUGCAAUAUGGGUCUCCAACAGCUUGGGCUUCCUUGUUGCAGCUCAUAGUCUCCGGUACAUAUCAAUGUAUAACCAUCGGUAUGGAUCAGCACAGGCUUAAUGAAUCUAUUAUUGAUGUUUUUUAACUAGGAAAAACUUUAAGUUUUUAUUUUUUUGCUUCGAUACAACAUUGAAUAUGUGCCAGCAUGGAACACACACAUACCAUGCUAGCAGGUGUUUGGCAUGGGUAUCUUUGGUCAACAUUAAUUGAUUGCUGUCAUCAUCCUUGAAUGUACGAUCUGUUAAUUCAA